AUUCUUUGUCGCGUGCUCGCCCUGUCCUAGCAACAGUCGAUCCCAGUACCCUUGGGCCUGCUGGAAAUACCAAACACCACGCCGCCAUGGGGAAACGCAUGCGAGUUCCAAACUGUACCCACCUAGAUAUGGAUCGCGUCUUCGGCCACGAUCAGCACUGCAGCAUUUGUGGGCGCUCACCUUCCAUCGGGUUCCUCUACGAAUGCAGACAGGAUCAUAAAAUCACAACGCUUCGCACCAUACUAUCAAAAGAGCAUGGAAGAAUCGAGCCGGUCAAGUCGGCACUGCGACAGGAGCUGGAGAGGAUUGGGUUGAGCGAGAGCAUCAUUCGUAAUGCGGAGAGCGGCCACUACACGGCCACGCAACUGAAGAAGCUCAAGGAACUCAAGCUAGAGCUGAAGCAGGUCAUAUCGGACACGCGUCAGGCUACCGAAGCCAGUGAUGUCGUGGCUAGGCUUACGGCUCUGGCGGGAGCGACGUACAGCAUCGAUGGAACUUUCAGUAGCCUGCCCGUCACAGAUUCAAAUUCUCGAGCAUGCGCUCUCAGAGCCUGUCAUAGCUGCCGCCCGUACUAUCGAGAACGUCUGUACAUCGCGUUUCAAGCAGUUGUCAAUGGGGACUUCUCGCCCUUGACAGAAGAUGAUGUAGAAGAACUCCCGGUCAAAUCUGCACAGAUUAUGCGUACCAUUGGCACCAGGGUUCAGUCCUCCAUGACCCUAAACACCACCCCCUCGACGCUGCCCACUUCAGAUUCCUUUGCUACGUCUACAGGCAUUCCGCACACAGCGUCAUCCAACACUACCGAUUCCAGUGAAAUCACAUUCAAGACCACGCAAACCGAUAUAGAUGAGAUCUCUGCACAGCGCCGCCCUCGUCGUAGAUUUUACAGAAUGGGACGCCGUUCUUCCAUCGACAUAGCCCGUUCUCUUUCUCGUGCACCCAGCCUCCUUACACCCCAAGGUCUCAAGUCAGCAGUUCAGGGCAUCUUCCGGCCAGGCCGGGAAUCCAGCUCUGAAGGAUCCAACAUUACCCUUCCACUCCCGCGAACCGGUACAGUUCGUGACAACACCAGUUCUCCAACCGUCGGCGAAUUCGAUCUCGGUGCCUUGCGCCGCGUUAGAAAAGAAAAAGAGCGCAAUGAACUUAGAAACGGGACGUAUGCAGGUGGAUUCGAAGAUGUCGCUGCAAAUACCACAGCGAUCGACGAUGGAUCAGCAGGAAACAGCAACGGCACCGAUUCUGAUUUCUCAGCAUCCUCUUUCACAACCGAUGAGAACGAGAACAUCAAAAUCGAGGGGGUCGCUAUUACAGAGCAAGCAGUCGAGACGCACACAGCUGACAUUGUCGCUCUCAGUGUUCCGGCUACACAGAAGAUGGGGGCUAUGGUCAAAACCGCAGAGGUGAAAGAGCAUGCGGACAUUGGAUUGCAAAGCAUCAUGGCACAGGUGUGAGGAUCACGGGUCGGAAGACUCUGGACAGAACAUAUGCAAGGGCGACGAACCACAAGAUGGAUGAGACGCGUUUUCAUGACUUGAUGAUAGCAGACGAACUAUGCCCGUUCAAAGAGGAUCACGAUUUGGUAACGAAGAUUGGGAGCAAGAGAGUAAUGGCAUCUGUACGUGGUAGCUCUUCUUUUGAUACCCGCAUCCUGUCCGAUGCAUUCAAA